AGCACAGGAACAUUUGCGAACGGCGGGUAAACGUCGCUUUACACGCUUUAUAUACCAUAUUUAUAUGGCGAUUUAUCUGUUUUAGAAUUUUUAAAGUUACGACUGCUGGCAAAGACUGCCAUUAAAGACAAACGGGUGCGUUAACUCCGAGGGAAGAGCACACAACGGUCUGAUCAGCGAGAGUAAAUGAGAGAUGCCAAGAAGUUGCCUUCAUUAACAAGUCCGGGCUGUGACGUUUCCCCAUCAAUCAGUCCUUCAUGCAACUUCCCAUGAUCAACUCCCAGGCAUAACAAGUCACUGCCCACGCCGACACCCUGCCAUGAUGGAGGAAGGGGGCCAGGAGGAGGCAGAGGACAUGUAUGUGGAGCACCAGUACAUGUGCAGCGAGUGCCAGCAGCUCUUCGGCACCCUGGAGGAGGUUCUGAUCCACCAGCAGAUCCACACGGCCCAGGAAAACGAUGCUGAGGCCUCAGGCAUCAGCGAGAGUCAGCACUACCAGUGUCUGGAGUGUGGGAGCCUCCUGGUGAAUGCAGAGGAGCUGCUGCAGCAUCAGGAGAUGCACAUGAGAGAGGCUGGGAUGGAGGUCGGGCAGCAAGAGGUGUGCGAGGUCCAGGAGUUGGAGCAGGCCAGCGCAGAGGCGCAGGGACCCGUUCAGUACCAGUGCCUCGACUGCCUGGCUCUGUUCGACUCCCCUGAUACCUGGCUGGAGCACCGGCGAACACACAGCAGGAGCAGCACACACAGCAAUGCACAGGCUUCCAACGAGUAUGUGCUGCAGGCGGACGGCUCCAUCACUCCUCUCAACAACAUGCAGAACUUUGUGCUGAGUGAGCAGCAGGCUGGAGAGAUCCUGGCACAGGUACUUUCCCACCAGCAGCAGCAGAAGAAGACUCGUAGAUCUUCCUCCAAACCUGCUGGGUCCACCCGUUCCUACCUGCUGCCCCCUGUGACCCCGACUCCUGGCUCCGCCACCAUGCACCUGCAGAUCCUUACCGCUCAAGCUCUGGCGGACGGCUCCACCGUCCCAAGCCAACACCGCUCCAAGCAGCCGACGUUGCUGUCUGCUCUGGGUCAGAGUUCCUCGGCGAAACUGGAGGUCCUGGAGAACGGCGUCCAGAGACUGGAGUUCAGGCUGGCGCCUGGCGCCGGCAGGCAGCAGCAGCCAUCAGCCGAGUUGGUGGUCAUCCACCCUUACGAGUGCUCGGAGUGCGCCCUUCUCUUCAAUACUCCAGAGGACUUCCUCCAGCACCAGGGGGAGCACUUCUUGGGCCAGGACAAGGAGAGCGGAGGGCCGGGUGUCAUGAGCGGCCUCGAUGAGAUGCGAGGAAGCGAAGAGGCUCUGCUGAAGUCGCAGGAUCUGAGGAGCAGAGCAGCAGAGAUGAAGGCGUUGGGUUUGGCCAAACCUCUACGCUGUGAGCUCUGCGACCGCGCCUUCACCUCCAUCAACCGGCUCGCCGCUCACAGGCGUGUUCACGAGGAGGGAACGCACGAGUGUCCGGAGUGCGGGAAGGUCUUCAAGAAAGCGCUGUCGCUGCAGACGCACAUAGGCACUCACUCAGGCGUUGCACGGUACCUGUGUGUGGACUGUGGGAAUGGUUUUACUACUGAGAUGACGCUCAUCAUGCACAGAAAGGUACAUGUUGCAGAUCCAUUUCACAGGUGUCAGAUCUGCAACAAGACCUUUACCAACAUGACUAAAUACCUCUACCAUCGUCGGACCCACCUCGACCCGGAUUCAUCAGGAGCAGCCACUCACAUCUUUGUGGCUUCUCCUCCACAAAGAGCAUCUGCCUCCGCUCUUGCUAUCCUCCAGAGAGCAAGAGAGAAGAAGAAACCUCAGAUCGAUGAAGCAGGAAUCAAUGAGCAGGCUCCACUCACAGAAGAAGAGAUGGAGCAACAGUCUGAGUCUCCCAGGACUCUGGAUGCUGAAGAAGAGAUGAAGGAGAAGGACAAUGUCACAAUGGAAGCGGCUCAUGAGCAGCAGCAGGUUAUGACGAAAGACGUCGCAGUUUCUGGUUCUGUCGAUGAAGCGGCGUCCAGAGACACCGCCUCGUCGUCAGACAACGGGCCGUUUAGUUGUCGUUCGUGUUCGAAGACGUUUCCCUCCCAGCUGCUGCUCGCUCACCACCGCAGCAAGUCCCACACUCCUCAGCGCAGGUUUGUGUGUGGCGUAUGCGGGAAGUUGUUCAAGAAGCAGAUCCACGCGCAGAACCACAUGCGCAUACACACGGGUGAGAAGCCCUUCCAGUGUUCAGACUGUGGGAAAACUUUCUCCCUGCUGGCCAAUCUGAUGCGCCACACACUCAUCCAUUCUGGAGUUCGCCCGUACCGCUGCGACGUGUGUUACCGCUCCUUCUCCCAGUCGUCCAACCUGCGUCAACACAGCCUGCUGCACUCCAGCGCGCCGAAGCUUGCCUGCCCCGAAUGCCCCGCCACGUUUCGCUGGCCCAACAAGCUGGCGGCGCACCGCUUCACUCAACACCCCGGAGCUCCGGCUCCUUUUCCCUGUCCUCUUUGUGAAGCGGGCUUUCUGACCAAGAGUCAGCGGGAAAGUCACUGUGUGGAGCAGCACCCGACACCGGUCCAAAACCCGUCAGAACCAUCCACGUCAACAACAGUGAUCGAAUCGUCAGGGGAUUUAACCAGCUGGGGUAAAGGAGCCUUAGAUUGUAAUAUUUGUGGGAGGAAGCUGAACUCUCCUUCCAACCUGCGGCUUCACAGACUGAGCCACUUCUCCCUGGGUCGAGGACGGCUGCAGCGCAACGCCGGAAAGCGGCCCAAAGCUCACCAAUGUCCCAUCUGCUGCAAACUGUUUGUGUCAUCCUCUGCGGUUGCGCUCCACCAGCGCGUCCACACCGGCGAGCGGCCGUUCCCCUGCCAGGUGUGCGGGAAGCGCUUCCGUCAGAGCACGCACCUGCGGGAGCACAUGCGUGUCCACACGGGCGAGCGGCCGUUUCGCUGCGAAACCUGCGGAAAGGGCUUCAUCCAGAGCAUGCACCUUACGGAGCACCGCAGGACGCACACGGGCGAGCGGCCGCACGUGUGCCCGCUGUGCAGCAAAGCCUUCAAGACCUUCUCCAACCUGAGGAACCACAAGAAGACCCACGCGAGGCAGCAGAGGCUGGACGAGGAGGCGGAGGCCGGCUCUGCAGUGGCGCUGGUGGACGCCUCUGUAGUGGACCUGGCCAACGGGCAAACCCAGCUCAUCCAGAUCCAGACCUCAGAUCUACAGCAGACACAAGGCACGCCCACCAUCAUGUGUAAUGAGUUUGGAGAGACUAUCGCCAUCAUCGAGACGAGCGAGGGAGGGGCUCUGCCUCUGGAGCAGGCGCUGGAGAUCUAUCAGAGAGCUUUGGAGAACGGCCUCGCUGCGGACCCAGCAGCAGACGGGCUGCAGCUGCUCUGAGUGAACCAAAACCGGAUCCGAUUCAACGUUAGUCCGAAUACUGGCUGAAAACUAAGACUAAUUCACUGCUGUGAAGGAAAAUGUGAUGAUUUUACGCAACCGGAUACUUCUGAACUCGACUAUAAGACCAAAGUUUGUCAGGUUUCCUCCUCUUUUCUCAUUUGAGGGAUCACUGUUGAUACACUUGGAAGUGAUACCAAUUAAAUUAAAAAUAUGACUAUAAAUUUAAAUAAGGACCAUUGUUUGUGCCUCUGAUUACAUUUAUAUUAUUUUUUAUCACGGUUUCAUUGUAAAAUAAAUGUUUUUUUUCUUAA